CAUGGAUAAGUUCAAAAUUAUUUUUACUCUUUCCAUACUAAUUUCAAUAGUAUGUGGAAAGGGGAUGCUGUAUCCAAGAAGUUCCGAGGGUCGUCAAAUACAGAGUUUGGACGGUAUGUGGAAUUUCAGAAUAGAUGAUUCUCCUACACGAAAUGAAGGUUUUGAUCAGAAAUGGUAUUCAAGGCCCCUUUCGAUUACAGGAGCAGUUAUACCCAUGGCUGUACCGUCUAGUUACAAUGACGUCACAGAGGAUAAAAACAUUCGAGAUUUUGUUGGUUGGGCGUGGUAUGAUAGAGAGUUCUUUGUUACCAAGGAAUGGCAGAGUCGACGUUUGGUUCUUCGAUUUGACAGUGCACAUUAUUAUUGUAUAGUCUAUGUAAAUGGUGCAGAGGCGGUGAGACAUAAUGGUGGACAUCUGCCCUUUGAGGCUGAAGUCAGCAAUAUGAUCAAUUUUGAUGGACCGAAUUAUUUGACGGUAGCUUUAAAUAACACUCUAAGUCCAACAACUCUUCCACCUGGAACAAUUUCCUACAAAACAGAUACAUCUAAAUAUCCUGAAGGAUACUUUGUGCAGAAUUUACAGAUGGACUUCUUCAAUUACGCCGGAAUACAUCGUCAUGUUAGACUCUAUACUACACCCAAAACAUACAUAGAUGAUAUCACUGUGACAACAACCGUGGAUAUCGGUUCAAAUGUAGCCUAUGUAAUUUAUGAUAUACAGAUUAUUGGAGAUCAGGCAGUUGGUUUAACUGUGGAACUUUUAGAUAGUGAGGGAGUUGUUAUUCAGGGCGCACCAACCAGCAAUGGGACUUUAAAGGUGAUGAAUCCUACCUUAUGGUGGCCUUAUACGAUGAAUUCAGGUGUUCCUGCCUAUCUAUAUACACUAAAAGUCGCAUUAGACGGCAGUGAUAUUGAUGUCUAUCGUUUGCCCGUUGGUAUACGAGUGGUAAACGUCACUUCCGAUAAGUUUCUUAUAAAUAAUACACCAUUUUACUGCCAUGGCGUCGACAAACACGAAGAUUCUGAUAUUCGAGGUAAGGGAUUAGAUUACGCCCUGAUAGCAAAAGAUUUUAAUAUGCUGAAAUGGUUGGGAGUCAACUGCUUUAGGACAUCGCAUUAUCCUUAUGCUGAAGAAAUUCUAGAUCAAGCAGAUCAGCAGGGAAUCGUUAUAAUUGACGAGAGUCCUGGUGUCGGUAUAAAAAGUUAUAAUUUUGAUAACCAAGAUUUAUUGAAUCAUCAUCUAGAGGUUAUGUCAGAGAUGUACCGAAGGGACAAAAAUCGCCCGUCCGUCUGUAUGUGGUCUGUGGCUAACGAACCCGACUCCGACAGUGCCAAUUCUGUCAAUUAUUUUAAAUCCGUAAUAGGGCAUACUAGACAGCUUGACCCAACACGACCUGUUAGUUUUACUUCGGAUCGUGACUAUUCUAACGACAAAUGCGUGCAGUUUGUGGAUGUUAUUAUGAUCAAUAGAUAUUAUGGAUGGUACAGCGAUACUGGGCACCCAGAAGUCAUUCAGAGACAAGUUAACACUAAUUUUUUGGAAUGGAGAAAGCUUUAUAAUAAGCCUUUGUUGGUAUCAGAAUUUGGAGCUGGUACAGUAGCAGGGUUACACAUGGAACCAAGUAUGGCUUUUACGGAAGAAUAUCAAAUAGAUGUCUUAUCUCAGUAUCACCAAGCCUUUGACCAGCAUAUAGGAAAAUUCCUUGUCGGUGAGCUUAUUUGGAAUUUUGCUGAUUUCAUGACUGCGCAAAACCCAACACGAGUUGUUGGAAACAAGAAGGGUAUCCUGACAAGGCAACGACAACCUAAAGCAGCUGCUCAGUUAGUUCGAAACAGAUAUAACUCUAUGUUUCAUUCAUCGUUUAAACGAGAUCGCAGACUUUGUUACUUGUAGUAAAUGUGUAGUAUUUUUUUUUCUGACUUCGUAGCCGCUCAAAACUACAUAAGAUGGUAUCCUCACAAGACAACAACACCCAAAAGCAGCUGCUCGGCUAGAU